AUGUACUGCUGGAGCGUUGGCCGAAGCCCUUACAGCUGUACGAGAAACCUGCUGGUGUGCGGCCUGGGCGGGAUGCUGAGCUGUGGGCUGACACACACCGCCAUUGUGCCCCUGGACUUGGUCAAGUGCCGCGUGCAGGUGGAUCGGAACUACAAGGGCAUCCUGAGCGGCUUUGGAGUGACGCUGCUGGACGGCGGGCUACACGGCCUGGCCCGAGGGUGGACCCCGAUCUUCGGCUACUCCAUGCAGGGCCUUAGCAAGUUUGGCCUCUGUGAGGUCUUCAUAAUCCGUUACGCGGAGCUCCUGGGCCAGGAGAAGGUCUACAGGUGGAGAACCAGCCUGUACCUGACCGCCUCGGCCAGCGCCGAGUCCUUCGCCCACCGAGCCCCGGCGCCCAUGGAGGCUGUGAAGGUCCGCGUCCAAACGCAGCCGGGCUACGGCAGGACACUGCGGGCCGCGGCCCCCAGGACGGGCGACGAGGAGGGCCUGUGGGCCUUCUACACAGGCGUGGCGCCGCUCUGGAUGACGCAGAUCCCCUACACCAUGAUGAAGUCCGCCUGCUUCGAGCGCACGGUGGAAGCUCUCUACCAGUAUGCCAUGCCCAAGCCCCGGAGCCAGUGCACCAAAGCCGAGCAGCUCGCCAUGACCUUCGUGGCCGGCUACGUUGCUGGUAUCUUCUGCGCCGUCGUGUCCCACCUGGCUGAUGCCGUCGUGUCCAUUUUGAACAAGGAGAAAGGUAGCACGGCCUUAGGAGUUCUCUGCAAACUGGGGUUUGGGGGAGUGUGGAAGGGCCUGUUCGCCCGGAUCAUCAUGACUGGCACCCUGACAGCACCGCAGUGGUUCGUCUAUGACUCAGUCAAGGUCUAUUUCAAGCUGCCUCGCCUUCCUGUCACUCAAGCACUGGAAUCCCUGAAGGAGCAAAAGUAGACGUGGAUUUGUCAAGUCCUGCAGCCACCAUUGGCCCAUAUUUCGAUCCAGUGGGGAAUUGCAUUCAGACAA